AUGUCGAAACGUAUGCGCGGCAUUGCCGUGUCGCGCCCCAUUCUGAUUGGUAGCACAGCUACACCUCUCACGCCUGCAGAGAAGCUGACUGCACCGCCGGAUCAUACACAUCGCUGGACUGUCGCAGUACGAAGCGCGGCGACCAACCCUAUUCCUGCCCUUCCUAACGGAGAUUCUCAGGACCAUACAACUGAAGAUGGCGGUAUUGGUACACGUCUUCGCGAUAGUGAGACGGAUCUGCACCGUGCCGUCGGCGGGAAGGACGACUUGUCGUACUUUAUCAAGCGCGUCCAAUUCCGAUUGCAUGAGACGUACGCACAGCCUACACGUAACAUCGACCAUCCACCUUUCAGCGUCACAGAGACAGGGUGGGGUGAGUUUGAGAUCCAAAUCAAGAUCUUCUUUGUCCCUGAAGCGGGGGAGAAGCCCCUCACAGUCUUGCAUCAUUUGAAGUUACACCCUUGGCAACCGCUUGCCCCAGCGCCAGCGCCAGCGCCAGCCAUUGCGCCUGCACCCCCGACUGACUCGAACGCUACAGCGGACACGGUGCCCAUCAAAGAAGAGGCACCUGCUGCUGCGUCGGUGCCUGCUGAACCUACGCCGUCUACCAUCCCUCCUGUGGUGCAUUCAUGGCAGUACGAAGAAAUUGUAUUCCCAGAGCCUCUCGAGCCGUUUUACGAGAUCCUCCUAGCUCAUCCACCCACGCCCUGGGCUGCCACGUCCGCUCAGGCGUGGGCGGAACCUGCGGCUGACGCGAGUCAGAAGCAUCACAUACAUACGCCUACCGGCCAGCUUAUGGACGCCUUUAGUCUCGAAGCCCAACGUGCCGAGGCAGACCGUAUUGACUUGGCACGAGCUAAUGCUGUAAAACAGCUCGAUGAAGAUCGGUCGAAACUCAUUCAUACAGAAAAACUUCUACGUGAAGCGCGCGCUCAGCUUGCGCGGUUGGAGUCUAAUGGUCCGUAG